AUGCGACAGCAGUCCAUGUCCAGCGUCAGGAAACUCAAUGAGGUUCCUCCAUUUUGUCAUUCACAAAGUUGAGUCUAUGUUCGAAUUGUCAAGGCUUGAGUCAGGCCUGUGCGGCAAUCGAAUUCUGUCAAAAUCAUCGUUUCUUUUUUACAUUUUUUUUUUGCUAAAUUUUGGCCGAAAAAAACAUGAAAGGAUCUCAGAAGUUCGAUUUCUCAGAUUUUUAUGCGUUUUUCUGCUUCUUCAGUUUCGCUCACUCCUUUAAAAUGGUUAAAACUGUCUGAAUAUUUAAUUUCAUGUCCAGUUUUGGGCUCAUACAACUUGCCGAAAAUUGUCCCACAGCCUUGACUCGAAUCUCGAACGUUAAAGAGCACUGAAAAAAAGAGGGCUUUCAGAGAAAAAGAACGCCUGUUUUCUCACUUUUGAACGUUCUCUACCUUUUUUGGAAACUCGAGUUUGUGACAGAUGAAGAUCACUUAGAAAAGAGGGCGUUCAGGGGGAAACGAAACAGCUGACCUCUCAUAUCUUGAACGCUCUUUAAUUUUCGAAGAUUCGAACGUAGACGCAGAAAGUUUUGAAAUAUUAUUAACUUGUUGGCCUCGGAUGGGAGACAAUGAGCGUCAUUAUAAAUUUUUUUAUUUUAACGCAUGUGAAUGUGAAAAAAGAUCAUAUGAGUUACAUGUGAAUCUGUAAGGCUUCUGAUGAGAAAAUAAAGGAUUUUGAGGAUUAUUUCGUGUAAGAGUUUUCUGUAAGUUUUAUUAAACCUAGGGGCAGAAGCUAGGUUUAGUAAAAGGAAAUUCACUCUUGAAUAUGGGUAAAACUUAUUUGUGUAGGCAUUUUUGAAUUUCUUCAUGUUGGAAUGAUCUCAUAGGCAAGGGAAAAGAUACACAGACAGAUCAGACCUCUUCAUUUUCUUAUUUUUUCAAAUCGGCUAUGCCUUAGUUUUACCUCUUCAAGUUUUCUUGACCCUUCUCUGGAUUUUUUUUCGAGCUUUGAAAAACAACUUGAGACGGAUAAAAUCAAACUGGAGAUUGAGGGCUUUGUGUGCGACUUAUUUAUUUCAUUUCAUUUACUCAGAAAUCAGAGAAAAAAGGCUUAUUUAUAGUCAACUUUUAAUGAUUGUAAUAAUAGAAGGUCGUUAGACUUUUUUCCGACCUUCUCCAGUGUUUUAGGUAUUAGUCGGUAUGAAGUAAUUUUUGUCAAACCGGAUGAAUCGAAAAGAAAAACCUUUCUGAAUUUGGAUUCUCCCUAAUAGCCAGGUCAAAUGACCGCAGUACUCUCGGAAAGAACAGAAUACGGAGAGAGAAAGAGAAAGUAGGCCCUAAAGUGGUAACUCGGCCUCACGCGACGCUUCCUGUCCUUAAGCUCGUUGUGCCGGAGGCAGAUUCGAGACCAAAAAUAGAACAGAACCAAUUUUUGGGACUCUCUUUUUUUCGAUUAGUAUUUUUUGUAAUUUUUCUGAAAAUAGCGCGUGAGCACAAAAGAGCAGAGAAAUCGAAAUUUUUCAAAAUUGUGCUCAUUUCAACACCGCUCUUUAUGUGAGUACAGCUGAGCUCUAUUGAAAAAAAAAAUCGUAACCAUGAAAAGUAUUCAGUAUUUACGUUGCGUUCUUUGACAGAUCUUUUGUGCGCUAUUGUCAAAAAAAUGUUAGACAACUCAAAAUUAAAUAUUUUUUCACCUCUUUGGAGCUCGAAACGUUUUCACAGAAAUGUUGCGAUGAGAAGCUUUUUUUUCCGAUGGUUGCCUCGAAAAGACGUGGGCGAUUUGGCCUUGACGAAAGAGAGCACACAAGAAGGGUGAUGAUAAGCGAUCGGAUAAGAUAAGUGGCUCAAAUAGACUGGCCUCCGGUAGCCUCCUCCACCAGCGAAUGAGAUCUUUUUCCAUUCCUUUCAACUCCCUUUUGAUCAUCUCCACCGAAUUUCCCUCGGGUCUCUAAACAAUUUCAAGGAAAAUAACUUUUGACUUCCUAUUGCUCACUAAUUUUGAGCUGAUUGAGAAAAUCGGAGUCUAGGCUCCUAAAAAGAGAUUUUGUCAUUAUUGCACCUUGACUUUAUAGAGGACUUUAAGAAACCUUUGCAUAUCCUAUCAUUAAUUAAUUCAUUGUUUUGAGCUCCUCUAAAGGAUGCGAGCCUAAUGAUUUUUUACAAUUCUGAGAAGAAUGGUAGAUUUGGUAUUUUGAGAAGUCGUAACUCUGUUCCUAGACGUCUGUGGCAUUGGAGACUUAGUGUAUGAGACACGUUUCGAUGUCCUUUUCAAAGUGGUAGUAAAUUAGAUCUAUGUCAACGUUUACUUUUUUACGAAGAUUUUUUGAAAGGUUUACACAUCAUUUUAAAUCAAAAAUACGCCAAUUUUGACGUCCAGCUCUGUGUAAUUGUAUCAAGAAAAAAAAGCUCAAAAAGAGUAAGUUCAUCGAGAUCAAAGGUCAUUGGACUUGAAGUUUUAGUAUCAUUCGUUUUAUCUAAUAAGAAAGGGAAAAUGGAACAAAAGCCCAUAUUUUCCCUCCAUUCUAAUUGGUUUUUGUUUCGUGAGAAACCUUCAUCGAGCAAAGCCUCGCCACAAGACAAGACAAAUAUAAACCAAAGCCAUUUUCGUUGAGAAUGGCUCAAAAAAAGAGCACAUUAGUGACGUAGUUAGGGCGCCGAUUAGACCUGCUUUUAAUCUCUCAAUUUUUCCCUCUUUUUCACGUUUUUACGUCAGGAAAUCUUAGAUUUUUGAUGUAAAUCGUCUUUUUUUCUUCAAACUAGAUUUAUGUUUUGAUCAGUUGAGAGGACUUUUUACAUUCCGACACAGUUUUUCGAAGCUGAAAUCGCAUUUUUUUUUUUCGUGAAUUUUGAGCCGAUAAUAACUGAAAAUGCCCUUGUUGAAAAGAAUGAAAUGAAUUCUUUCAAACUGUAUUCGAAAAGUUCAAGGAAGUUUCAUUAAUCUUGUUUCAUUUUCCUAGAAGUUGGCUUGCCGCCAAAUUUGAAGGAGCAUAGAAUUUUUGAGACAAUGGUACUUACACGAUUAGUGAUAUAGUCUGUGUGUCACGACUUGAAUUUCAUCGAACGACAUUCCGCUGCGUGUGUUCGCGAAGCGUUUUUCGAAUCUAGGUCACGCUUUCAAUUGAUUGUUAUUGCUGUGGGAGCACAUGAAAGUAGAAUACCUUGAUAAAAGAAAAAUAAAUAAAAAGCGCGACCAAGGUUCGCAAAUUCGCGCAGCGACACAGCGGAAUGUCGUUCCGUGAAAUUUCAAGUCGUGGCACACAGACUAUACAGUUUGAGGAAACAAGAAAAGGUGACGUAAAGUCAGAAAAAUAUUCUUUAAAAAACGGGAUAAGAAAGACAUUUUUGAAAAUUUAGCUAUCUCGUGACAAAAUUUAGAGGAGCAUCGGAGUGCUAGAAAAAUGGUUCUUAUACGCUUAAUAAAAUAAGAGGCUACAGUAAUCAGACAAGCGCUGAAAAGAGAAUGAUAAAAUAUUCAAACUUGACAGAAAAAAACUGACGUCAUUUCUGAUUUCACCGCGAAAUGACGUCACUGUCAAUUGGCAGAAAGGGGGCGUGGCCAGGCGUCUCUCCACGUCCCUGUUUCGCCCUCCACCCAGAAGCAUGCUCUCUCGCUUCGUCCUUUUUUGCACUUUUUCUUUGUUUUUUUUUUCUCUCCUUCAAUAGCCAAAACAGCUGCUUUGGGUAUGGAUUAGGCCUUGAAGACAUUUUACUCUUUGAUAAGCUUCAAGUGAUCUCUUUAGGGUUUUUAAUUUCUUAUUUCAACUCUUUAGUUUAAUUUUUUUAGCUGUUCCAGAUAUCUUGAAUGUCUCUCACUGUUUUUUUAAAGAAAUUCCUGAACCUUGAUGAUUUUCAAAAAAAGAGGGUGAAAUUGAUCUGCAUUUUUUUCUUAUAACUUUUCUAAAAAUUUUUUUGUUUUGAAAUUCAUUUUCAGGCUGCCCUGCAGUUCUUUUUGAGAUCCUCAAAUAUUUUUUUGAUUUUCAGAAUUGAAAAAAAUAUAUAAGUUCAAAGUUCAUUUGCUUAGAACUUGUUGAAGUUUUUUUCACGGAAGUUCUGUUUUUCAAACUACUAAUUAUGAAUACUAUAUCCCUCAGCGGAUCACUUAGCUCUUGAGUUCGAGAAAAAAAGGAUAAUGGAAGAUCACUUGUACCUUUAACAGAUUUUCAAAAGAAAGUUUUAAUUUUAAGUAAUUUUAAAGCUUUUUCUUCAUCUUCUAAAUGAAGUGAUGAGCUGAUUUGGGUUUCGAUUCUUUUUUGCAUUUUCUAAUUUUUUUUCGCGACUUUCCCGUUGAUCUCUGUAUUCUCAAAGUAUAAUUGACUUUCCGUUUCUGGCGUUGGAACAGUUUCUAUCGACUUUUGUGAAGAGUGGCGGUUGCGAAGGACCCCACCGGCCGGCAAAACGAACCGGUCGCAGUCGGAGCCGCGCGAGCCGAAUGAACAAUUUGCUCUGGUAAAACGGAGAUAAUAAUUGGAAAAAGAAGAAUUUUCGGAUCGAAAUGGUGUAUUUUUGGGUUUUCUCGAUUUUAAGAAGUUUAUAUAGAGGAGUUAAAAUUGUAGUUAAAAUUUUCCUCUGAAACAAUUUGUCGAUUUUUUUUUCUGUACAAGGAACUGUCCGGAAAGUUUGAAAACAGGUAACAUUGAACGGCUCCAGACUGUUAAAGAUACUGUUAUUUGGAGCAUACUUUCCAACUUUUUCAAUAUAAAAAUAUUAAGGUUUAUAUUGCGAGGUUGAGAAAAAAAUUAAUUGAGAAAAAUGUUUUUUCCUAUUGAAAUUCUGUAAAUGCUCUUGCUCUCAUUGAAAAAUUAUAAAAAUAAAUAAAGAACUUUUUUAUAUCUCAUUUUCCUAUAUUUCUCAAUAUUUUAAUAAUUUUCAGCUAGUGCACGAAUGCAACGUGCAGCUGGCGUUGUUCCGGCAUGCGACCCAGGGGAUCGGCACCUCGCAGGAUGGCGCCUCUUUGAGGAGGUCUGUCCGCAGUUCAAACAUUUUUUUUUGAAAUUCGAGUAUGGAAAAUUCUUAUAGAGCGUUGUUUUUUGAGUCGAGUGGUACCAAAAUGUGUAUUCGAAAAGAAUUUUGAGAGAAGUUGUAGAGGAGUAGAAAAUUUCCUCAAAAAAGGUGGAGCUUUACUUUUUUUUAGUAAGUCCUUUCGUGCCCUUAACUUUAUUUUCGCUCAUCUUUUAGAUUUUCUCAUAGAGCAUACAAUUUUGAAUUGAUUGGCAUACAUAAUUUUGAGAAAAAUAUUUUUCGAUAGGAAUCUUGAGAAAUCUAUUUUUGAAGUGCGCUUUCAACACAGAAUGAGGACCAACAAAGAGGUCAUUUUACUUUGAGCGAUUUUUCUUCGAAUUUGCUCAAACACUCUUUGAAGAUUUAGAUUAAGAGCGGCCACAAUCAAGUUUUUGAGAUAAUUAUUUUUAGUUCGAAAAUUUAGGCUCAAAGUCCAUAUUUCGAAAGUUUUUGAGCCCCUUUGUAGAAAAUUACAAACUGCAAAAUAGAAUUACCUUCCCAAAAGUCCCAAAUCAUUUUCGAGCGUCAUUGUAGGCAAUUUAUUUUCGGGUUGAAUGUUGCAUAAACUUCUGAGAAGGCAGGGGUUUGAAAAGAGAAAAUUGGGUCUCAAUAAAUUUUGAAGAGCUUGAAUGUCGCUUAUGCAGGUCUUUCCACACUUUGAAAACACUUGAUCGUUUCAAUUUUGGAUUUUUUUUUCGCGUCUGUCAUAAAGUUCUCAAUAUAAAGAUAUAUGUAGGAGUCGGAUUUUGGACUUUUUUUCAAUCCAAAAAUUACUAGAGUCCCUAGUAAUUUUUGGAUCAUUUUGCAGUUUGAAAAUUUUCUUGCAAUAUUCCAAAAACAUAAUUGCAACAAAUUAAGUUGAUUCAUUCAUUUUUUGCUUGGCAAAAAAGCUUAGAACUCUCCAAAAUGUCAUCAUUUCCCCAAACUUUACUCUAUUAUCGACGUCACAUUUUGCUGAGAAACCCAAAAACGAAAAGAUCAUCAUCAUCAUCAUCUCGGCCCUGUGUGCAAUUAGGUUGAAAGUUCGUUCCUGCUCUCUCACUCGCAGAUGACGUCAUAUUUCUCGUCAGCUUCUUCUCUCACUCCUUCUUCUCCCCAUCUUGAGGCAAAAGGGCCAAUUUACGAAUUUCUCUCUAUCUUCUUCUCCUACCUCAGCGACGAGAAAAGAAACGAAAAGAGAGAAAGAGAUAUAUGACGUCAAAAGGCGCGCGUGACUCGGUUUUAGAUGAGUUUCCUGUUUCAAACAUUCAUUAUUGAGGGUGUUUGUGUGUCAUUUCAUUGGAAAUUGGCCUCUUUUGGGGCAACUCUAAGAGAGAUUUUCGUUCUUCAGAUUGGAUGAAACAGACAAUUUCCGGAAAUGAAGCAACAUUAUCAUCAAAAUGGUUACAGAGAAGUCGAAACGGCGGGACGGGCGUGUUUGAAAGCGUGCGAGGCGGCCAAAAGCUGCGUUCUGCCGCAGUUACGGCACGAAGGUUGGUUUUUGUUGGUCAUGUUUGCCGUUAUUUCCCCAUCCGAAGGGCAAGAGAAGAGCUAGUCCACAUCCUUAAGUGAUCGCUUCGACUCCACUGAAUAGUGGUCACUUGAAAUUUUUGAAAACCACGCAAAUGACCACUUGAUUUUUUAGAAUACGACGUAUGGUUAAAAAAAACCUAAUCUGAUUCGAAUUCUAGUCUUCAAUUGAGAGGCUUCCUGCUGUCUGGUCACUUAAGUUCUCCCUAGCGAAAAUUUCUUGUUUUACGGCCAAGAGAGCAUUCGAGCGAUCUCUUAAAAGAUUUUCGAUAAUAAAGGGAACUCGCUCGAAAAGAUUGUUUUGGAAAGCAAAUUUCACUUGAAUUAUAAAUCAAGGGUUCUUCAAAGUGGUCACUCUAGUCCUCUUUGAAAACUCCAACCAAGGAACUACUAAAGGGCUUCAAUCAAACUGGAAGCAACUCAAGUGGUCACUGAAGUUUUCCUGGCUAAUUAAAACUGAUUUAUCGCAAAAUUUCCUUUAAGUUGCUUCAUAAGAUGGUCACUUCAACAGUGGUCACUUCAAAAAUCAUUGAAAACUCAUACAAAAAAGACUACUCAAGUGACCCCUUGAGAGCUUUAUUCAUAGGUGAAACUUACUCAAGAGCUCACUUCAAAAAUCCUGAGUGGAAGAACUCGGCUUCUUUUGAAAAAAAAAAUCACUUUUUGUCCCUGAAAAGCUUCCAUCAUAACUUGCUGAUAAACCUUGACUUCUUUAUUUUUCGAACAACUUAAGGGCUCCCGUCAUAAUUUGCUGAAAAUUCUCGAUUUUUUUAACGACUAAAGUUAUCCCUCCGGGAUGAAUUGCUGAUACACAUAGACUUGUUUUUCUAACCACUUAAGUGAUCUUUGAAGAGCUCCGCUGUUUACCGUAACCUAAUCAGAAGCAGAUCUUGAAGGCGUCGAGUUCACGCGACAUGCGUCGCAGUUCAUCGGAUGCGUCGCCGCGUACGUCGUCGAAAUGAAGCGAUGCGUCACGUUGGAGCGAACUUUCCCCGCGCCCACCGAGCCAUCAAUAACCCCCAACCAGGUUUGAUUCGUUUUUUUCCUCUUAAAUAGAAGGAAAAUUGAAACUUUUGCAGAUCUCCAACAUGGAAUCCAUGUUAGAAACGCUGGAAAACCUCAUCACCGUCCACUUUUCGACGAGCGAACCCUCCCCCACAGAUAAGGUCACUUCUAAAAUUAUACUCUCGGCUUGAAUUUGAUCAAUUGUAUGAGGGAAUUUUUUAGAAAAAUUCUUGGAAGAUUUUUCAGAUUUUUUCUUUCAAGUUUAUCAGAAAGAAAGCUGGUAAUAUUUUUUAACGUUUUUUAUAUAGAUUACGAGGAAUUUUUUUUUUGGGUUUCUGGACGUUGAAACUAUCUUGAAAAAGCGAACAUAAAGGGGCAUUUGAAAGGACAUGAUUUCAGAAUAUUCUAAAAUUUUGAAAAUAAAUUUUUCACCGAUUGUUCGCUUGAUUUUUUCAACGCCUUGAAAAAUCUUGUUCUCUGCGCCAUCUCCGUCUCUCGGCGACUGUUAACUGUUGGCGUUAUAUUUUCGAGAACAGAGAGACGCAGACACUCGAAAUCAUUCCGAUUCGAAAGUCAAUUAAUAAAUGAAGUUUUACAGGUGACGCCACGGCGGAGACGUGCCACGUCAUGUCGACCGCAAUGCGUUUGUUCAAAACUGAAAACGAGCUACGCGUGA